AUGGAACUCAAUCUCAAGGUCGCUAUAUUAAUCGUUUCCGAUACUGCCUCUAAGGACCCCGCUUCUGACAAGGUCGCGGGGGCUCUGGCGCCCAUCCUCUCCCAAGAAGGGAAGUGGGAACCCCCCCCGCAAUUAAGAUCGUACCGGACAAUGUGUUCCAGAUCCAACAAGCUCGGUGGAACUGGAUUCGCAGUCAAAGAUAACACUCCCGAGGCUGUGUCUCCCCUGAUUCAUCGUCAUGCUCCAGGAUUGGUCCAUGGUAUGAUCGCCGCUUCGUUGAAAGUAACACCAUUUGCUAUGAUGGCUAGACCAGUCGCCGGUGUGCGCGAUAAAUCAUUGAUCAUUACUCUACCUGGAUCCCCAAAAGGAGCAAUGGAGAACCUCGAAGCUGUUGUAAAACUUCUACCUCAUGCAUGCAUGCAGUCUGCUGGAGCGAACUCUCGUAGCUUGCAUGCUGGUGGUGUCAAGAAGUUAGAGAGUGAUGCUGGUAUUUCUACCGGUCAACAUAAUCACCAUCAUCACCACCACCAUCAUCAUGCCCAUGACCAUAGCCAUGGUCAUGUUGUGCCCAAGGCUCACACUGCCCCAUCAGACCGACCUCAAUCCAAUGACCCUUCCGCUGGCCCUAACCGGCGCUAUCGUUCCUCGCCUUACCCAAUGCUCUCUGUGGAGGAAGCCCUUCGCACUAUCAGCGAGCACACCCCUGCUCCAACGGUCGUCGAAGCCGCAGUGAACACAUCAGUUGUGGGAUCUGUAGUUGCUGAAGACGUCUAUGCCACCGAGAUGGUACCUGCCUACCGGGCCAGUAUCGUUGAUGGAUAUGCCAUUAUUGCACCAAAUCCCAACGAAUCUGGUGUCACCACGAACGGUAUUUUCCCAGUAGCAUCAAUCGCUCAUGCCAACAUCGGUGGAGUUUUAGAGCCCCUCCAACCGGGCACAAUUGCCAGAAUUACCACCGGUGCCCCCUUGCCUCCGAAUGCCAACGCCGUAGUUAUGGUCGAAGACACCGUCCUUGCCUCAUCAACCCCCGACGGCACCGAAGAAGCCACCGUCGAGAUCCUCGCUGACGAUAUCCAGCCUGGUGAGAACGUUCGCGAGCCCGGUAGCGACGUCCCCCUCGGAUCCAAGAUCCUAGCCCGUGGAGACCUGAUCUCCCCAGCUGCUGGUGAAAUCGGUUUACUAGCAGCUACAGGUACCCGGACCGUGAAGGUAUUCAAGAAGCCUCGUGUUGGUGUCUUGAGCACAGGUGACGAGCUCGUGGAGCAUGACGAUCCCCGCAAGCUUGUUGGCGGUCAAAUUCGCGACUCAAACCGACCCUCUCUACUCUCAUGUCUCAAAUCCUGGGGCUUUGAGACCGUCGAUCUAGGAAUUGCUCGUGACACACCUUCCAGUGAACUAGAGCAAGCCCUCCGCGACUCUCUCCGCGGUGUCGGACGCGCCUCAUCAAGCGUGGAUGUAAUCGUUACCACAGGUGGCGUCUCAAUGGGCGAGCUGGAUCUCCUCAAACCAACCAUUGAACGCUCACUCGGCGGUACCAUUCAUUUCGGUCGUGUUUCUAUGAAACCUGCCUCAGCACUCGUCACACUUAACCUCUUCGUCUUGCCUUCUCUACAUAAACUUGCCGGCCUGGGAGAGAGCUCUCAAGCAAUUGCCACAAAGCCUUGGAUGGCGCCGCAACUUGGCCUACCCCAGGUGGCGGUUGUCUUGACGCAUCAUUUUCCUCUUGAUCCUAAGCGCACCGAGUACCACCGUGCUGUUGUGACAGGCUCGCGCUCUGAUGGCCGUCUGUAUGCUACCAGCACGGGGAUCGAGGGCGUUGGACAGCGUAGUUCGCGAGUUGGCAGCAUUGCCCGUGCGAAUGCACUUGUUGUCUUACGUCCUGGACGCGGUGUUGGGAUCAAGGGUGAGAUUGUGGAGGCAUUGAUGAUGGGUCCUGUUUAUGGAUCUGAUACCCGACUUAUCUGUUAA